AUGGCAGAGGUGUACAUUCGUGUGGCGGAAGAAGAGAAUGAGGAGCCCAUGGAGAUCCCAUCCGAGGAUGAUGGCACAGUGUUGCUUUCUACCGUGGCCGCUCAGUUUCCAGGGGCCUGCGGCCUACGAUUCAGGAGUCCUGUUUCACAGUGCAUGCGAGGGGUCCGUUUGGUGGAAGGGAUGCUUCAUGCACCUGAAAACGGCUGGGGAAAUUUGGUCUAUGUCGUCAAUUAUCCCAAAGGUAUGUUGACUGACUUUUUUAUUUUAUUAGCCACCAACUGGUGGACAAAUGCAUUAUAAUACAUGCAUACUAAAUUAUUCCAGAGUCAACGGUUCCCUAGCUAUAUGCAUCACAUGGAAUGAGUAUCUAACUAGGCAAAUGUCUGUCUCAAGUGUUCCAACAGCGAUUGAAUGAUGAUGAUGAUCCCUACCACACUAUUUCAGACAACAAAAGGAAAAUGGACGAGAUUGAUGCCUCCUCUGCUGUAAAGAUGAAGAGAGGCGAUAUGAAGACCUCAGACCUGAUUGUACUGGGGUUGCCUUGGAAGACAUCUGAACAGGACCUGAAAGAUUACUUCAGCACCUUUGGGGAAGUCAUCAUGGUACAGGUAAAGUAUCAAAUUAGCAAUUUCAUUCAUGCAGAUCAGUUGAGUGCUGUGGAUACCUUCUCAGUUUUUUCUCUCUCACACAGCUCUAAUGUGCAAGGCCUUGCUAUAUCUGUGGUUCCUUCUAAACUAACAUUUGAGACAUUUUAAAGUGGCAAUGAGCAGUUUAAACAAUGACAAAGCAUACUCUCUGCCACUGUUUUGCUAAGGGUUGGGCCUGGAGAAAUGUAGCCACUCUCAAAUUCAUAGACAGCACUAUGGAUACAAGGACUGACCAUCCAUGACAUCAAAAUGAUAGUUUUAACUAUGUUUUGAUGGUAGUGUUUUUUUUACAUUUACUAUGUUAACAAACAUUGGAGUAAAGCUUAUUUUGGGUUGUGAUGAGGUACAUGCAUUUAACUAAGCUCAUGAGGCAUUUAUAAGUUAUAUUCCUUAUGAAUCAAUGGGUACAUAUAUAAUUAAUGUAUGUCCCAAAAUGGAUAUAGCAACUGCAGAUUGCCACUUUAAACAUUUUGGGUUAAUGUGAAAUGUAGUUUUUAACCCCAUGCUCCUACUUACAGGUGAAACGAGAUGUGAAGACCGGAAACUCAAAGGGAUUUGGCUUUGUGAGGUUUACUGAGUAUGAGACUCAAGAUAAAGUGAUCUCUCAACGCCACAUGAUUGAUGGAAGAUGGUGUGACUGCAAACUCCCCAACUCCAAGGUAGGUGUUUGUUUCUGUAUGGCUUGUAACAUGGAUCAUUAAUGGCAAGAGCACUGUUUCAGAUCACAUCCCACCACCUCCCCCUACUGCCAUAUAUUGUUCAUGUGCAAUACUUUUUACCUUUGUGAAACAGCAAGGUCCAGAUGAGCCCAUGAGAAGCAGGAAAGUGUUUGUAGGCCGUUGCACUGAAGACAUUUCCGCUGAUGAGCUGCGCCAGUUCUUCAUGCAGUAUGGCGAGGUCACUGACGUCUUCAUCCCCAAGCCCUUCCGUGCCUUUGCCUUCGUCAGCUUUGCCGAUGACCAGGUUGGUGCCACUGCAAAUUCAAAGACCAUGUUCUGUUUGCCAUCUGCUGAAUUGCCCCUUUAAUGUCAGACUGGCAUGUAUGUUUUUUUCUCUCCAGGUUGCCAGUUCCCUAUGUGGAGAGGACCUGAUUAUUAAGGGAGUCAGCGUGCACAUCUCAAACGCUGAGCCAAAGCACGGCAGUAGGCAGAUGAUGGAGCGAGCAGGGCGGUUUGGAAAUGGGUUUGGGGCUCAGGGUUUUGGUAGUAACCGCACAGGGUUAGGGAGCAGCGCCGGUAGUAAUAUGGCUAAUUUUGGCAACUUUAGUCUGAAUCCUGCCAUGAUGGCUGCCGCGCAGGCUGCCCUGCAGAGCAGUUGGGGAAUGAUGGGUAUGUUGGCUAGUCAGCAAGGGCAGACUGCCACCUCAGGCACCACCUCUACUGGGCAGACUAGCUCCUCCAGGGAUCAGAGCCAGGCCUACAGCACAGGCAACAGUAACUACGGCACCAGCUCAGCCAGUCUAGGUUGGGGUACUGGUUCUAAUUCAACAACCAGUGGUAGUGGGUUUAGCUCAGGAGGAUUUGGCUCCAGUAUGGAGUCCAAGUCUUCAGGGUGGGGUAUGUAA